AUGAUAUCCAGGAUACCACUCAGCGCCCGGAGCGCUUGCCGCCAUGCUUACAGCGCCCCCUCUCGACUAAGGUCAACAACGGGCCUCCUCUCCUUCGCACAGUCGCAGCAGCAGCAGCCUUCGAUUUCUCAACUCUCUACCGGCAAUGUCCGCCUAUUUUCGUCAACCACACACAACGCCUUCAGACAGACUCUCCCCCGCCAGGACGAGCCUAAUCUAAAUGAUGUCCUCGAACAACAAGCCCGAUCCGGCGUCAACCCGCCCUACACCACCCGCCCUCCACCUCUCAACCUGCCCGAGCGCCAGCCCAACGCCUCCACAAUCUCCCACCUCUUCGCGACCGGCAAGGCCUACCUGACCUUCUACAAGACCGGCUUGCGCCAGGUCUUUACCAACUUCAAGCUCCUGCGCGCCGUCGGCAAAGGCGGCGAGGGUCCCAUCGCGCGCUCCGAGAACCCACUCGCCGAUGCCGACUGCAUCGACGGCUACCUCCGCUUCCGUACGCGCGGCUCCCUACUACUUUACAAGCGCGUAAAACACGACCUUAACAAGCUGCCCAUAUUCGGCUUGCUGCUGCUUGUGUGCGGGGAAUUCACACCCUUUGUCGUGCUGGCCGUGCCCACCAUCGUUCCCUACACGUGUCGGAUUCCAAAGCAAGUGGACAAGAUUCUCAAGCGGAUAGAAGAACGGAGAGCGGCGGCGCUGGAUGAGUUGGUUGGAGAGGUGUACGAGGCGGACGAUUACCAGUUGAUUUCCAACGACGAGGUGAAAGAGGACUUGGAGGCGCUAGAAGGCUUCCCGGACGAGGCCGUCGAGGCUAUUGGGGAACCGAAGAAGGUGGAAGACAUGACCGAAGAGGAAAAAGAAGAGUACGAAUUCGAAAUCAGGCAGUGCGAAGAGAUCAUCAAGGAGCAAAGGGAGAAGCGCAUAAAGGCCGGGCAGGAGGUAGACCCGCGUCCGAUCCGCGAGCAGGCGCAGGAGUGGGUGGAGCUAGCCCGUGCCGAUAGGGAGGAGUUUGGCGACCAUGAGGAGAUUGACGUCUUUCCCAUGACGGCCAGCGAAGCCUUGGAUCAGCUCGACCCCCUCAGCGACGACUGCGAGCAGUUCAACAUGCUGGAUGUGCUCGCCCGCUCGUACGAUAUUAGGAGCUGGUGGGGUCCCGCCGGGAGGGAACGUGGUGUGCACAAGCACAUGCGCUUCCUGGCUGUCGACACGGAUCUGCUGGAGAAGGGCGGCGGUGUCGAGGCACUGGAGGACGACGAGGUGGUGUUGGCGUGCAUUGAUAGGGGUAUCGACGUGCGAGGUCGCAAGAUUGGUGAUUUGAGGUAUGCGCUGGAGAAGUGGGUGAUUUUGACUUCUGUGCUGGCCAAAGACCGGGCGGAUUGUUUGAGGAGGAUGGCGGUGUUGGGGACGUGCCCGGAGAUUCUGUGGCCGGGUAUCCCUUGGCCGGAGGAGAAUAAGGAGGUUCCUGUCAAAGAAGGAUCAGGAGGGGCAGACGAGAAACAGUAGGGGCAGAGGAGAAGGAGUAAACCUUGAGAGGAAGAUGGGAAACAUGAUACCCGAGAUACGUAUACAUAUCGCACUGGUCUGAUCUGGUGCUUACGAUAUGGAAUGUUCAACACGAUGUAUAUGCGUGAUGAUAAUGAUAACUGCCGUAUCUUUUAACAAGUCAUUUGGAGUCUG